AUGGGUGUUGGUCGGGUUAUUUGCGUGGCUCUGCCAUUCAUUCUUACCGUCGGCUCUCUCAUCUUCUUGAUGAUUGCUGCCCUCGGCGGUGUCUCCAACAAGGAUCUUUACAUGUUCCGCGUCAACCUCACCGAUCUCGAGAUCAACCCUGCCUCGGUAUCGAGUAUAGUCAGUCGCGAUACUCAGCCUGUCAACUUCGGCAACGGCUCUGGCGUUGGCGGCGUCACCAAGGCUCAGACCGAUGGCACUCAGACCAGCAACAUCACCGCCGCCGACCUCGGCCUCGACAACCUCUACGACAUCGCUCUCUGGGGCUACUGCACCACCGCCUCCAACGGUGACAAGACUUGCACCAAGGCAAAGUUUGACUGGGCUGCCGAGUACCUGAACACCAGCACCCUCGAGACCAUCGGCACUGCCGCCGGCCGCAAGAUCGAGCUCCCCGAUGAGGUGACUACCGCUCUGUCAGCCUUCAAGACCGUCACCAAGUGGACCCAGGUCGCCUACAUUAUCGCCUUUGUCGCUCUUGGCCUCGAGAUCAUCUUCGGUAUCUUCGCCAACUGCACUCGCGUCAUGUCUUGCAUCACCUUCCUCGUCGCUUCCCUCGCUUCUGUUGCCGUCUGCGCCUCAGCCGCUCUUACUACUGCUAUGUCUGUUGUUGUCGUUGGCGCUGUUGAGGGCACUGCGAAGUGGUACGGUGUCUCGGCUUCCUUUAACAACAGCUACCUCGCUCUUAUCUGGAUUGCUGCUGCUCUGGCUCUUGGUGCCGGCUUCUUCUGGAUGUUCACCAUCUGCUGCUGCGCUCCCAGCCACACCCGAAAGGACCGCAAGCGCAACAGCGACGGUGAGAAGCUCCUGCCCACCGGCAACGCCACCGGCUCCUACCAGCCCAUUCAAGAGGAGAACGGCUACUACAAGCAGCAGCAGGCUACUCAGUACGGUGCUCCCCGCUAUGCCAGCGGCGCCCGCUCCGACAUGGCAUACGAGCCUUACUCCCACCGCUCUUAA